UGUAACUUCAUUUAACUAUAAAAUUAUCAAGCAAAUUGUAUCAAAUAUAGUCUUUUCAAGAACUACACAAACGACACUUUCAAUUUCAGCAGCUGUGGUGGGGUUAUAGCUACAUAUACUGCAACACUUUUUGCAAAACAAUUUCUUGUAGCGGCUGCCAUCUUGUGGCUGACAAUUUGCUAAGUACUGUGUUAGGAACAAGAAGACACAUUAUAGUUUGUGUGAUGUUACUAAAAUGGUAGUACAAUGGUUGUUUACAAUGUACACAAUGAAGUCGUAACCAGACAAUUUCGAGCUCACAUUUGCAGUUUUGCAACCAUAUUUAGCAUAUUUGUCAUUGGUAUUACAUAUUUGAGUCCUCUUUUUCUGGCAUAUAACAGUCUAGGGUUCUGGUUGAAAGAAAGCACAUAUCGUGAGCAACCAGAAGUAAAUUAUAAACAUCAUCUCAUAUUGCUGGUGCAAGGUUCAGAUCCAGGCUCACUAAUUGGUUAUAGUACUUACCCAAACUUUAACCUCUUAUUGGGAGAUAAAGUUAGGAUUCCAACUAUAAGGUCCUUCGAACUGGACGAAGAUUAUGAUGGAAGAAAAGAUUAUUUUCAGUUCGACAUAGAUGUUCCACUACUGGAUCAUGAAGAGAUACAAUCUGUUCAACUUCUUUUCUUUUUCGACUAUAAACUUCAUAAAUUCACAAGCCUUCAAAUGGAAUCUCUAGCUUACAUCUACUACACAUCUCCCUCACCGGGGAAAGAUUUUUACACCCAAGGAGAGUUACGGUUCCAUCAAAAAGCACCCCUACCUCAUAAAGGAUCCUACACUCAGUUUAAUACUUCAAUUAUCGACCCCAAAGCAUCAACCGUCAAUGAGUUGAAGCUGCAAACUAUUUUUGAAAGGUAUCAAGGCAGAAAAGUUACGACAGAUUACAUUGGAAGAUAUCCUGUAUGGAGGAGUGGUCUUGGCUCUCCUUUCACUAUUAAAGGCAAGAUAGAAUACCCAGAGGAAACAAUUAUCUAUCGACCUGGGUUUUGGCAGUUGAUCAAAUUCGCUUGGAUUCAGUAUCUAGCCAUACUUCUUAUAUUUCUGUAUAUCUUCGGUCAAGUAAAGAAGUUUGUUUACGAAAACCACCUCGUGAAUACGAUUCCACGAAAAUCUCACGUGGAUUGAAGGCUAGUUUUUACAAACUGACGAUGAGUCGUGCAUAUGGUGUUAUACAUAGAUGUUUGGUGGCGAGAAGAGUUUACUAUGUUUUAAAAUUAAAACCACGUUAGUUAGGAGAAAAACGAAAAUCAGCAUAAAAUCUCCUUUGCUUUUUUCUUUGUCAUUAUCAUUUAUUUGGCUUUAGAAAAAAAAAUGUUUUUUCUACUUAAACUAAGAACCAAUAAUGCUUUAAAUGUAUUCAAAUCACAAAAAUUGUGAAAAUGCCUCGCUAAAACCGAACAAAAGCAACGAUUGUUGGUUCAGUUUUGUGACACGCUUAAAAUAAUAAAAAGGCAACAAUGAGAUAUCGCUUUAAUCCCUAAAUAAAAUUAUUUUACUUUUCAAAUUUUUGAACUUUUUUAAUCAAAUUUUUAACAAAUGUUAAAAAUAAAAAAAAAAUAAACACGAUUUCUAGGUUUUUAAAUAGCGUUUCCAGACACUUCCUGUGAAAUUUUAAAAGAGUAAAAAUCUGUCUAACCUGUGAGUGUUGCGAACUCCCCAAAGGAAAUUGACACAAAAAGCAUUUGUAAACAUGCUUACCCAGAUCGGUGUUCAAUGCACGCGAUUGAGUUAAUAACGUAUCAGUCUUUUUAUAGGAGAAUAUUAUUUACAGAGUUAAAGUUAGACUGUAAUUUAUUUAAUAUUGUAAAAAGUUUUUUUUUUAAAAGUCGAAGUAUAAAAUAACUUCCAUGCC